AAAAAAAAGUCUCCAUUAAUCCCCCCAAAAUAAUUACAAAGCGAGAAGUGACGCAGCUUCUUCUUCUGAUUCUGCUUUCAUUCUGCGAGGGUUUUCAAAAUUGAAGAAACAUUCUUCGGUUUACUUGACGGAAUUACCAUAAAUCAUCUCUCAGCCUCAGCUUCCUUCGUUCUUCACCCCAACCCUAAUUUUCCACCAUGACUGAGUACUGGGUAAGUCAGGGAAACAAAUGGUGUGAUGUCUGCAAAAUUUUCAUAUCAAAUAACCCGUCCAGUAUCAGAAAUCAUGAGCUGGGGCAGCGUCAUAAGGACAAUGUUACCAAGCGGCUCGCUACUAUGAGGAAAGAUAGCGCGGCUAAAGAGAAAGAACACAAGGAAACUGCUAAUGCCCUUGAGAAAAUCGAAGCUAGAGCACUGCUUAGCUAUCAAAAGGAUAAAGCAAAGUUUGAGGAAGCUAGUGAAUCACAUGAAUUGGAUGCUCAAGGAGAAUGGGAGUUUGACAGCACUUCAGGCUAUUACUACCAUAAAACAAAUGGAUUUUGCUAUGAUCAGAAGUCAGGAUUUUACUAUUCUGAUGCCAUCGGUAAGUGGGUGACCCAUGAUGAAGCAUAUGCCUCACCGCACUUUGCAUCAAAUUCCGGGCGGAAUAUACCAUCUGGAAAAAAGGGAUCAAAACCUUUACAAUCUAAGUUAGACGAUAUCAAACCAAGCAAACAUCAUGAUGGACUGUUACCUGGGCCUGUUCUUAGAGUGAAUCCCAUGAGAAACGCAAAAGCCGCCCCGUCAUCUCUUGCUGUUGGUAAGAGAAAGAGACCCAAUGAAAAAUCCAAGGUUGUCUCCCAAGAAGAAAAAGAAGCUCUCAAGGCAAGAGAGGCUGCAAGGAAAAGAGUUGAACAGAGGGAAAAACCAUUGCUUGGGCUUUAUAACAAGCCUUACUAAGUGUGGAAGUAUUUGGUAACACCCUUGUCUUUUCCCAUAAAAAUUGAAGGUUAUAUACAUGUCUGAUUGGUUUAUGCUGACAUUAACCGUGUCUUAGUUCUCAAGUGUUUUAUUUUCUUGUGAAUGCACCUUGUAAAAUAUGUGUAACUGUUCCAUUUUCAUGCAAUGCAUGUUAAAUUUCUGAUGUA